CAGCAACGACGAGGAUGACACUGCCAGUGCGGUUUUCUGUGUUGUGAGCACGAUCGAGAUGACGGCCAAUGGAAUCUUAUGCUAUCUACCAGCCAACACCUCACGGCCCUCCCUGGCCUUAUCCUUUCCUCCUCUUCGGCUCACUGAAUGAGACGGAUGGAAUGAGGCUUGUGUUGACAACUAACUCUCAGAACUCCUCAGAACGAGUGACUACACAGAAUAUAACUGCGCGCUCCCGCUGCUCCGAGUUGCCUCGGGAGCACUAGGGGCGUCCGCUGCUCAGGGUGCUACGAUGCCCACCCGGGAGCGCCUGACCCCUCCUGUUGGGCUGGCUCGGGGGGCGCGCGUCAUGCUCAUUCUAACCCGAGUUCACUCUCGCCCUCACUGCCUCUUCUCGAUCUCGCCUGGCAAUGAUUCUGGAUCCCUUUCACAAGCUCGGCAGCUAGGCGCAAUUGGAUAUCCCAGACAGUUGAUGCCCGUAUCGCAACAAUCACAAAGACAGGGAGGCACUUUAUAUCCAAUUUCUGCAAGCUCGGCAAGAAGUGUACUGAACUCCUCGGGGCUCAUGCGGUCCUUGCACUCGCGGGGAUCAGUAAUGCGCCCGACUAAAUUUCAUCAUGGUCAAAACUCACGGGGCUCUCAGUCUCCUCGCUCAGACAAGUCUGGUGCUGCUGGAAAAUCUAGAAGCCCCACAUCUGCUGGUCGGUUUCCGACCAGCAGAUGUGGGGGUCUAGAGGGUAUCGCACAGCGAGAGUUCGAGGCGCAGAAGGUCGUCUCGCAGGGUGUGUCGAAGGGUGCCACGAUGUGUCGUGGCAGGGAGCAGGUCGGCAGCAGGGAGGUUUUGCGCCGCUCCCAGAGAGUUUCCGGAGUGCUGCACAUCGAUUAGAGGGGCACGUACUCUACAAAGCUGGACUGUCAUACCUUCUUGGUCAAGUUGACCAAGCGCGUCUGGAACGCGCGAGAUCGUCCUGUCUGUGC